AUGGGCUUAUCCUCCCUUCUACAGCAAAUUGAAAAACGAGGCAAGUUACCACCUCCAUCUAAACCACAAAGUAACAAUGAAAUAAACAAAACGAAAUCUGCCGUAAGUGCAUACAGAAGUAACACCGGUGACAAAUACGUUGAUCCUGUAGUGACCCAAUUAAAGGAAAAACGACGGCUAGAAAGGGAACAAGCUGAGGCAUCUAAGGCUAAGCAAGGGGUGGUUAAGGGCUCCAAGGCAAAUGUGUCAAGCAAGCAACCUAGAUCGGGUAAUUCUGUGCCACGACAUUCUACGACAAUAGCAACUAAACCUAACUGGAGACAGUCAUCACCUCCUCCUUUUCCUUCUCUUUCUCCCCCACCACCACCACCAGCAGCUAAAAAGAAAUUGAACUUUAACGAAUUAAUGAAAAAAGCAAAUAAUAUCGAUCAUGAUAAGUUAUCCAUCAAGAUAUCUCAGAAGAGCAUGUCCCCUGAACCGUCUACCCGGAAAUCGCUUCCAAAGAAGACUGCAACUGUUAGCAAUAAACCAUCCACCACCACGACGACAAAAGCUACAACUGACGGUCGUCGUAACAGGCAAGUCACAACAAAAGUCAAAGCCAAACCCGUACAGCAACUGAGACCUAGUUUACCUGUUCGAAAGCCUUUGCCCAAGGUGCCCAUGCCCGCAAGACAACCGAAUGCUAAAAUACAAGAACGACUCAAUCAAAAGCUGUUGGACAAGCGUCAAGUUCAUGGAAACAGGUACGACGAAGAUGACGACUUGAGCGACUUUCUUGUAUCUGAUGAAGAACAGGAAGAUGGCGUUGGGGAAGACGGAUACAAUCGCGACGAAAUUUGGGCAAUGUUUAACAAAGGAAGAAAGCGCAAGUAUUAUGAGUACAACGACUACGACGACGACGAUGACGAUGACGACGACAUGGAAGCAACCGGUGCUGAUGUUUUGGAAGAAGAGUUGAGGUCUAGGUUGGAUGCAGAAAGAGAGGAUCGCAGAGAAAUGGAGGAAGAAAAACGGCGGGCAUUGGAAAAACAACGAAGAAAGAUGGGGCGAUGA